CAUGGGAUGGGGGAGAAGGUAGAGCACAGAAGACUUCUCAAAAGAGGUCUUUGAACGAUGAAUAAAAAUUAGUAAGGCAAAGAAUAUUGAGGAGGUCGGGAAGUAGAGCAGGAUAACUUUGUCAGAUGUCAGUUCUGCACCUGUGGCCUACCUAGCUGAGAAUAUCACCAGGCUCUCCUAAUACCACAGCUGGGAACAAGUCUUAUAGGACUGUAUCCUUUUCUUAACAUCAUUUUAUGCAUUAACAGGAAAGCAGUCUCAUCAUUUGUGAUGCUGGGGCCACCCUACAACCACACAACGGAAACCCCUGUCACCUUCUUCCUUGUGGGUAUCCCAGGUUUGCAGUUUUCACAUCUUUGGUUGGCUAUCUCCCUGAGUGCCAUGUAUACCAUAGCCCUGUUAGGAAACACCCUCAUAGUGACCGUAAUCUGGAUGGAUUCCACUCUACAAGAGCCCAUGUACUGCUUCCUGUGUCUUCUGGCUACUGUGGACAUUGUUAUGGCUUCCUCUGUAGUGCCCAAGAUGAUAAGCAUCUUCUCCUCAGGAGACAGCUCCAUCAGCUUUAAUGCUUGUUUCGCUCAGAUGUAUUUUGUCCAUGCAGCCACAGCUGUGGAGACAGGGCUGCUGCUGGCCAUGGCUGUUGACCGCUAUGUAGCUAUCUGUAAGCCUCUACAGUACAAGAGAAUUCUCACACCUCAAGUGAUGCUGGGAAUGAGUGUGACCAUCGCCAUCAGAGCUGUCAUAUUCAUGACGCCAUUAAGUUGGAUGGUGAGUCAUCUACCUUUCUGUGGCUCCAACGUGGUUCUCCAUUCGUACUGUGAGCACAUAGCUGUGGCCAAGCUGGCAUGUGCUGACCCCAUGCCUAGUAGUCUCUACAGUCUGAUUGGUUCUUCCAUUAUUGUGGGCUCUGAUGUGGCCUUCAUUGCUGCUUCUUAUAACCUGAUUCUUCAGGCAGUAUUUGGUCUCUCUUCAAAGAAUGCUCAGUUUAAAGCAUUAAGCACAUGUGGCUCCCAUGUGGGGGUUAUGGCUCUGUACUACCUACCUGGGAUGGCAUCCAUCUAUGUGGCCUGGCUAGGGAAGGACACAGUGCCUUUGCACACCCAAGUGCUCUUAGCGGACUUGUACCUGGUCAUCCCACCCACCUUAAACCCCAUCAUCUAUGGCCUGAGGACCAAACAAAUACGGGAGAGAAUCGGUAGCUUGCUGAUGCACUGUCUCUUUGGCCAUUACAUCCUGGGUUCAGGAACAAAAAGUCUUUUCAGAUCUUGAGCAUUCCAGACAACUUCAUAGACGCCUUAAGAGACCUGCAGAGCUGGUUUGGUUCAUCUGGCACUAUAGGAGUUCUAAGAUGAAGCUGUAAAGUGUAUCUUUACAUAACUUUUCAAUUUCUAGCAAGAAUGUGAAUAAAAUAAUUAUUUUCUGACAUUUUUAAUAGUUUCGAUCAAUUAGAAUCUGAAUCAGAAAUAAGUGGGCAGAGAAUAUAGAUAUGGGAUUUUUCUUUCCUUGCUUCUGACCCAUAUUCCCAACUUAAUAUCCUACUGAUUCCUCUGCAGAAGAAACCAACUCUUUGGUCCCCCCAUGCCUUGCUGGUUUUCUCAGAAUUGCUCAUCUCCUUAUGUGAUUAUAUGGAAACAACUGUUAAUAUAUGACCCUGCCUUCUGGGCCACUGACAAAUCCACUCAGCUUGGGUGAUGUGCUCACUCCUGGACCAGAGUUCUUCUCCAGUCAAAAUGGAUUCCAGAUUAUCUGAGGAGAUAUAAAUUUGGGAUCACUGAUGGUGGCCAUUUUCCAACACAUGAACUUGGGUAGAGAAACCUGUUACACAGCAACAGAAGCAGAUUUGCAAGAUGGGAUGAAGAAACCAAGUCUCUUGUUCUCUCGUUCCAAUUCAUUUUGGACACACAGGUAUACCCCUAUUACUAAGUUUUGUAAGAUAUCUCUGUCAUUGUAAUAUAUUGUCUACUGUUAAGCUAGUUGG